AUGGCUGAGCCCGCUUCUGAGACAGGCACUGAGCAGGAAAAUGAGAAUCAUGGGACAUCACCCCAUUGUAGUGACCAUACCCCAGAUCAAGAGGAAAGUGUUGAUCCCAUGGACUCAGGCACUACAGAUGUCGGCGUUGCUGUUAGCGAUGACACACUCAGUGAACACAGUGCUUUUGAAGAUGAUUUUGACAUUGAUGAUACUGCUCCUGAGCCGUAUGAGUCAUCUGAACCUGACACGGACCCUGAAGAUUGUUUUCAUGAAGACCCUGAGGAUGACAACAUCGACAUUGCUGAAUUUAUGGAGGAGUACUCAGAGACUCUGCCACAUCAAACGACGACAAAAGCGCAAGCCCUACUACUUAUUUUGACCUUUGUUGUCACUGCUGGUCUCUCUUGGACUCAGGCGGAUGGACUUCUUAAAUUGAUUAAUGCACUGCUCGGAGACAAGGUGCUACCAAACAGCAAGUACAUGCUGCGUAAGCUAUGGAAUAAGAACAAAAGAGGCAUUCUGGAUCUCCAUUAUCUGUGUGAGGCGUGUGAAGCUGUGCUUGCGCAAUCAAGCAAAACAACAGAGAAAUCACUGACAUGUCACAUAUGCAGCACUAAGUAUGACGUGGCAGAUCUUACAGCAGCUGGUAGUUUCUUUGCCAUUUUGAACAUAAAGGGUCAGCUGCAGUCACUGCUGAAACGCUUUUCACGUUGUAUCCUGGAGAAUACGAUGAAAAUACGUUCAAGACUGUCAUCAUCAGAACUGUGUGACAUCACUGAUGGCAGCUACUACAAAAAUCUCCAAACGAGCGUCAACUGCCAAGACAUGGACCUGACCGUUACUUUAAAUAGUGACGGCUCCCAAGUUUUCAAGUCAACAGCGUCAUCUCUGUGGCCCAUCCAACUCAUGCUGAAUGAACUCCCGCUACCUUCGCGGUGGCAUAACAUUAUUGUCGCAGGCCUAUGGUUUUCAAAAGCACAUCCAAACAUGCUACUAUUCCUCAAGGCUUUUGUUGACAAAUUCAACGAUAUGGGCCCAAUUCCAUGGAGGAACUUCCACACCGGUGAAAUGAUUCUGUCAACCAUCCGUGCAGUGGCCUGUGUUGUUGACGCACCAGCGCGGGCCAUGGUGUUAAACCGGAAACAGUAUAAUGGCUAUGAUGGGUGUACAUGGUGUUACCACCCCGGGAAGUAUGUGGACGGAAGUGUGCGCUACCCGUACAAGGAGAGCAUGAAGGUUAGAACCCACAAAGAGGUACUCCGUGAUAUGAAGAAGGCUACUAUCCUUGGGACUACAGUAAACGGCAUCAAAGGGCUCAGUCCAGUUAUCCAGCUGAAGGGACUCAACCUCGUACGCAGCAUUGCACCUGAUUACAUGCACUGUGCAUUAGAAGGUGUCAUAAAGCAGUUCACAGAAUGCUGGCUCACGGAUUCCUCAGCUGGGUGCUACAUCGGUGGACAACUACAUAUUCUGAACUCUCGAUUACGCACAAUAUGUCCUCCAAUUUGCUUCUCACGGCUACCAAGGCCACUUACGGAAAGAGCUAUGUGGAAGGCAUCAGAAUGGAAAUGUUGGCUGCUUUACUAUUGUGCACCAUGUGUCAUGGAUGUCCUUCCUGAACGUUUUCUGAAUCACUUUUCUUUGCUAUGUGAGGCCAUUUUUCUACUCCUCAAGCACACCAUUCAACACUCUGAUAUUUCUAAGGCGGAGCUGCUGCUUGAACGUUUUGUUAGAGAAACCGAAACUUUGUACACACAGGGAAUGUGCACAUAUAAUGUGCAUCAAUUGUUGCAUUUGCCUGAAACUGUAAGGGACCUAGGUCCUUUAUGGGCAGUCUCAAUGUUCCCAUUCGAGUCUAAGAAUGGGAACAUCAUUCAGCAAGUCACUGCAGCCAACAGUGUUCCACUUCAGAUCGCUGAAAGGUGUGCAAUGCGUUGGAAGCUUUUUGAUUUGACAGACAGUGUACAACUUCCUAGCAACUUGCAUAUUUUUCGUGGACCUGUUACAAAGACAGUAUGCAAUAUGGUUCUAGGGCGUGAUCAGUCGCCACUUGGUAUUCCCCAUGCAGUGCAGCAGCUGUUAAGCCAACAUACUGAACACGUCAACCUCAAACGAUACCUCAGGGCCUCUGUGAAAGGUGUCAUCAUUCACAGUGUUCAGUACAAACGCACAAAGAGGACGUGCUCAAGAGUUGUGAAGUCCUCCUUUGGGACAUACUGUGAGGUCCAGAUGAUCUUGAAAGCAGCACACAGCAAUAAGAUCCUGUUUGUCUGUAGUGAACUCAUCAUUGGAAGUGCCCCGUUCCCAAUCAACCACAUUAUGAAAUGCGAUUUCCCACCUGAAGGUGAGAACAUCUGUCUUCUUGAGGAUGGGGACAUAGAUUGUGUUUGUGUGUUCAUGAAGGCAGACUCGAUGUUUGUUAGUGAGCUGCCAAAUACCUUCGAAAUCGAAUAA